CUAGAUGGCAGCACCAUUCGGAUUCGCGGAUUGUUGUCAUUGCACGUUUCGCGAUUUAAAAGUGUGGUGUUCGACAUUAACUGUAAUUCGAAUGUGGUUAAGUCUGCUUGAAUAAGGGAAGAAGAACUCGCAGCAUCGUUUCUUACGCACGAAUCUGGUCAAAGGGAGCAAUUACAUGAACCAUUUGCUUGGAGUCGUGGUCCAGAGAGUGGCCAUGGUGGAAACAAUGUCAUCGAAGCAAUUGUCGGACAGGCAGACGCAGUUUGGUAACGCUCGCCAGUUGGAGCCGUCGGAUAGCAUCUUCGUCUUCAAGUGCACCCAAUCGGAUUACGAGGAGCCGACGUCGGAGGGAGAAGAGGUUGAUCUGAAACCACUGCGAGAGGCGACGAUCGCCGUCCCGACGCCGAAGAUCUCGGAGAAGCGGAAAGCCGAGGAAGCCGACGCCAGCAAGGACUUGAAGAAGGCGAAAUUGGAAACGAAAGCCUUGAAAGCGAAGAGGCCGGGAUUCACGGACGAGCGGUACAACGAGACCAGCUAUUACGUAGAAAACGGUCAGUAUAUAAUCCACCCCCGCCAGACGGCGGCGGCUCCUCCGCGCGGAAUCGUUUUAUGUUUAAUCUGGGAGCUGCCGCUG